AGUUUAUCUGUUUGCGACGCACUGGUGUGGCGUGCCCUUUAUUUGUUGAAUGGACGCGGCAUGGCGGCUCCAACAAGACUGAUUCAAUUUAAAAUGUAACAAUUAAACUACAAGGCGCCUGGGAAAGCGAUCGGAAAUAAGCUGCUAAAUAGAAUCCCGUGUGCUGCCAUGGACAGUGUGAAGAUGGAGUCUGUCCAGAUUAAAGAGGAGUUCCCUGAACUUGAACUUGUCCCCAUUAGAGUGGAGUUCUCUGGGCUGGCUUCCCUCCCCAUUAAACAGGAGCUCUGUGAGAUGCAAUGUGACAGCAGCCAGCCAGAGGUCUCUGAGAUUAAAGCAGAGCACAAUGAAUUGGAGAUCCCCCAGACAGAAGAACCCCUUCCUGUGAAACAAGAAGAGGUGCUGGAAACUGUCCUUAUUAAACGGGAGCCUCCUGAAGUAGAGUUUGAGCACAUGGAACCAGGGAAGGAAGAAUCUGAGGACUUCAAACCAAACAUCCCUGAGCUGGAGCCUGUACGCCUGCGGGAGUGUAGCGUGGUGCUGGAGAGAAUCUGCGUGAGAGAGCAAGGCACUGGAGAGGAAGGCUCUCCCAACAGCACGCAAGGAGGUGGAAAGGAAGACGGGCGCUCCCAUUCAGAAUGCAGUCUAGCAGGUUUCAGUCCAGCAGCUAAAGCGAGGGCGGGCGCUGGAGAAUAUCCUGACUGUGGGAAAGGUUUCACCCAGUUAAGAACUUUUAAAACACACCAGAGAACUCGCACAGGAAAGAAACCGUAUCGCUGCUCUGACUGUGGGAAGAGUUUCAGUCAGUCAGGCAACCUUGAAACACACCAGCGAACUCACACAGGAGAGAAACCGUAUCGCUGCUCUGACUGUGGGAAGAGUUUCAGUAGGGUAGACCACCUUGUUUUACACCAGCGAACUCACACAGGAGAGAAACCGCAUCGCUGCUCUCACUGUGGGAAGAGUUUCAGUAGGGUAGGCUACCUUGUUUCACACCAGCGAACUCACACAGGAGAGAAACCGUAUCGCUGCUCUGACUGUGGGAAGCGUUUCAGUCGGUCAGACAGCCUUGUUUCACACCAGCGAAUUCAUACAGGAGAGAAACCUUAUCGCUGCUCUGACUGUGGGAAGAGUUUCACUCAGUUAGGACACCUUUUUUCACACCAGCGAACUCACACAGGAGAGAAACCGCAUCGCUGCUCUGACUGUGGGAAGAGUUUCAGUAGGGUAGACCAGCUUGUUUUACACCAGCGAACUCACACAGGAGAGAAACCGUAUCGCUGCUCUGACUGUGGGAAGAGGUUCAGUCGGUCAGACAACCUUGUUACACACCAGCGAACUCACACAGGAGAGAAACCGUAUCGCUGCUCUGACUGUGGGAAGAGUUUCAUUCAGUCAGGCAACCUUGAAGCACACCAGCGAACUCACACAGGAGCGAAACCGUAUCGCUGCUCUGACUGUGGGAAGUGUUUCAGUCAGUCCUGCAGCCUUGUUUCACACCAGCGAACUCAUACAGGAGAGAAACUGCAUCGGUGCUCUGACUGUGGGAAGAGUUUCAGUAGGGUAGACAACCUUGUUUCACACCAGCGAACUCACACAGGAAAGAAACCGUAUCGCUGCUCUGACUGUGGGAAGAGGUUCAGUCAGUCAGGAGACCUGAAAACCCACCAGCGAACUCGCACAGGACAGAAACUGUAUCGCUGCUCUGACUGUGGUUAGAGUUUCUGUUUUAAACAAGGCCUUCAAAAACACCAGCUGACUUUUCACUCAUGAGGGAAAAAAACCGUUAACCUUGCAUUAUGAAUCCCUGUGCAAUUACUGUUCUGUGCAUCACUCUUAAGAGCAUGCAUUUUAAAUGGUCAAAAUGCUCUUCAGCUCUCUUGCACUGUGAUUGUGUCAGAAAGUGGGCGGAGACGCGGACACGAGAAAGGCUUCUCUGCUGUCAGUUUAACUCUGGCUGUCAAUGCAGUCAGUGCCUGGGAGCGGGAAUAUGCAGAAAGGAAACUAUUCUGCACCUCAUCUGAUGGACGAGUCAGGAGACAUCGAUAACUCAGUGUGGGGAAUGAGUUUCAGGGUUUAGCAUUUAAACUGCAUAGACUUGAAAAUAAAUGAAUUGAUGAGAACGAGUAUCCUGACCCCGGACUGUAAGUUUGUGUGUCUCUGUGUGUGUGUGUGUGUGUGUGUGUGUGUGUGUGUGAGACUGUAAGUGUGUGUGUCUCUGUGUGUGAGAGUGUGUCUCAGUGUGUGAGACUGUAAGUGUGUGUGUCUCUGUGUGUGAGAGUGUGUCUCAGUGUGUGAGAAUGUAAGUGUGUGUCUCUGUGUGUGAGAGUGUGUCUCAGUGUGUGAGAAUGUAAGUGUGUGUGUCUGUGUGUGAGAGUGUGUCUCAGUGUGUGAGAAUGUAAGUGUGUGUGUGUGUGUCUGUGUCUCUGUGUGUGAGAAUGUAAGUGUGUGUGUGUCUCUGUGUGUGUGUGAGAGUGUGUCUCAGUGUGUGAGAAUGUAAGUGUGUGUUUCUCUCUCUCUCUGAGUGUGUGGUGUGGUGGUGGGGGGAUCUAUAUAUUUUUCAGAGGAUUUAUUUACUUUUUAAUAUAGAUAAAUAAAUACCAGUGCUAAAGAUGCUUUGACACAAAACCUUUUUUUUUUUUUUUUCAGUCCUGAGGAAAUGCUACUGUGUUGUUAGUGAAACUCGAUUUUGAGUCCUGUGUUUAUUUUGUAUUUCUGUUCAGCAUUAAUGCUGAUUAGUGUGUGGUUUUAACAUAUUUAGUUUAUGUGAAGGGACCAGCAAAAAGCAUUCAUUUUCUGAGGAGUGUACGGCACGGCUUACUGCCAGUACUGCAUUCAUAUCUGCUGCUCCCACCCCCGUCACUCAGCACACUGUGUGUAUUCAUAAACAAAGGGCAGCUUUAUUUUUCUAUCCUGUUCAGAGUUUUACAGAGGGGGGGGGAGUUUAGUUUGAUUUAUCCACUGCUGCCAAUUUACUCUGAGCCGUUUCUGCAUAGAAUUCCUCCUGCUAUCAAUUAUAAGAUAGCGCCAAAACCAGGCCAAUAUAUUAACAAGGGAACCGAGUACUUUAUACAAGAUGACGGAUCUGCUUACGCUUCAGCGAACUGAAACGAGAUGUGUGAAUACGGGUGAGUCUGUGGUUUCAUACGCAGUGCUGUGUGAGAUUAUUACGCUCAGACCGGGACCUUGUUAAAAAGCUGUGUUCUGAGGAAAUGUGCGUGAUCCGAGUCCUAAUGAGACUGCAAUUAAACCUGCUGUGUGCUGAUUGCACGAUUUGAUUAAUAUAAAGCAGGAUCCUAAACCAUGCUGAAGAAAGACUGGAAUGCUGCGCCGCUCUGUACCAGCAGGAUUUGCAAGCAAUCUGCAUUGCAAUCCCGUUCUGCGUUGCUUGCUGUUCUCUCAGUGAUGUAAAGUAUUGGUAUUAAACUCUUGUAUUAAGUGUAUCAUUCGGCAGGAACACGCUCCAGAAACUCACACUAGGGAGCCACAUGACAGAGGGAAAGCACACUUUCAUUCACUGAGUUAUUGUAGUUCCCUCCCGAUGGUUGAUGGGUAUUGUAGUUCCAAAAGAAGGGGGAGAAGCAGGUGAAUUUGUCUGAAAGAUUUCACUGAUAGAGGCUUCUCCACAUUCUGCUUUUUACCGCAGAAGACGCGCUCUGUGGGGCGGGAGUGGGGUGUAGAUUCGCUACUAUCUGUCGCGGUCCUCACAAUAUCAAACGGUAACAAGAUAUUAAUGUUAAAUAUCAAAUUACUUAUUCCUAUUAUUCUCUACUGACUGUGAAAAAUAGUUUGCUUAUUUCCUGUCAGUACUCUCUGCUAAGCACAGUAGGGUGGGUUUGUGUUUUUUUUUUUUUUUUUUGGGGGGGGGAGGGGGGGUGAUUUUAAUAUACAUGUUGAUAAUGAAUCUUGUUCAGUGUGUGGUGUUUUGAAGUCUUUUAGAUUAUUUUAGAUUACAGUCAGAUGAAAAGGGAAGGUCGUAGAUUGGGACGCAGGUGGAGGACUACAAAACUGAUUCUCCAUUUUGAUAUCUGGAAAACAGCAUCAAGUCCAUUUCAGUAACGCUCCGAGGGCAGCCAGGGGCUCCUUUUAUUCUUUUCUUUCUUUCUGCAGUAUUAUUAAUGCAAAUUAAUGUGAAUACAAGCUGCUGAUCAGCUGAUAUCUCCUAACCUUUUCUGUAUCAAAAAAAUAAAUAAAUACAAAUUUAAAAAGCAGA